CUCUGUCCCUUUAAAUCGUUUAAUUCAUUUGCCGACGAAUAUUGUCUCGCAUUGAUAGCGGUAUUGAUGCGGACUCUGUCGUCUCGGAUCUCCGCAACAAUCGUUUUCUGAACAAAAAGAGAAGAAAGAAGAAAAAUGGCAUUGUUAACACCUCUGUUAGCAUUUCUGUAUCAUUUGCCACAGGUUUACAAAUGGCUUCUAAAACCAUACUACAUAGCCUCGUUAUUUAUGUCUAGCGCAUUCCUGCUUAUCCGCAAAACGCCUGGUGUCUGUGAACAUCUUUCGACGCAGCGCGAGGAUGGCAAUUCAUGCGAUUUUGAUUGGAGAGAGGUGGAGAUACUGAUGUUCCUGAGCGCUAUAGUCAUGAUGAAAAACAGAAGAGCAAUUACCGUUGAGCAGCAUGUGGGCAACAUCAUCCUCUUUAGUAAAGUAGCCAAUGUGAUCCUGUUCUUCAGACUGGACAUACGUUUGGGGCUUCUCUACUUGACCUUGUGUAUUGUUUUCCUGAUGAUCUGCAAACCUCCUCUGUACAUGGGCCCUGAAUACAUCAAGUAUUUCAAUGAUAAAACCAUUGAUGAGGAGUUGGAGAAGGACCACCGAGUGACCUGGAUCGUGGAGUUUUUUGCUAACUGGUCACCAGAAUGUCAGUCUUUCGCCUCCGUCUACGCUGAUCUGUCCUUGAAGUACAACUGUGCCGGGCUGAAAUUUGGCAAAGUGGACAUUGGUCGUUACAGUGAAGUUUCCAAGAAGUAUAGGGUCAGCACCUCUCCUCUGUCAAAGCAACUGCCCUCUCUUGUGCUCUUCCAGGGGGGAAAGGAAGUGAUGAGGCGCCCUCAGGUGGACAAGAAGGGACGUGCAGUGUCUUGGACAUUUACAGAGGAAAACAUCAUCCGAGAGUUUAACCUCAACGAGUUGUAUCAGAAGUUUAAGAAGCUCGGUAAGACCAAAGGAGAGAAAUCCGAGAGGCUAAAUGAAUCUGUAUUUUCCCCUGUGCCCGAAGAGGAGGAACCGGAGACCGAGACCAUCACUGCGAUGGACACAGAGAGCAAGAAGGACAAAUAGAAAGUGCCCAUUUGCUGAAGAGCACUGUCAAUCACUAUGGGACUGGACCAGAUUGUGCUAAUGUUCAGUAUGCAGAAAGAGAGAGAGAGAGUUUGUAUGUAGUUAUAAGCAGAAUGAAUGAUUAUUUCGUUUUGUAUAACGUAUUAAUUAAUUGCAAAAUCAGUCCAAUAAUAUAGUAAAUCCUAAUUCCUAAUACAUUAAUUAAACUUCAUCGAUAUACUGGAUACAGUAUACAGGUGUCCAAACAAGGUCAUUCGGGACAUUGAUAUUGAGAGUUGAACAUAAUUAAACAUCGGACUUCUACCUCUAGUGAUCAUUAGAAAGGGGUUAUUCUGUGUUGCAUAUGCAUCACAAAUUGGGGAACAAACUUUAUCAGUUCUUUUUCUUUUACUGUAUUGGUAAUCCUUCCAUACCUUUGACACUCGUAGGAUUCUUAUUUUUAAUUUUUUACUUUUCUGAGACGUAGCUUGUUUGUAUGGUACUGACUACUUGACUGCAUUCAGUGAUCUAAAAAGGGAGGGUCUAUUAUACAAACAGUUCAUAUCAUUUUACAAAUUAAAAACUUAGAGUGAGAUCUGCAAAAUGUGGUUGCCUUUGACAUUGAGACCCAGUUACACAUUUAUUUUCAGAUUGAAUACUGCUGUUAAUGUCUUAAGUUAUUUAAGUUUAUAUUAAAAAUUUCUUUGUGCAGAGUUAUUGAAUCUUUUAACAUUUUUAUUAUAACUUUAAACACCGAAGAAAGCUGCAGGCAGACUUCAUGUUUUAACCUUUUCCAAUCAUUACUGUUGGAAACUUAUUUUCAGUGUAUGUAGAAUUUUGCCAUCAAUUUCCUUACAAAGAGGAGGAAUAUUGUUUUAGUGCACUGUUGAAUAAACAAUUGUUGAUUUUCACUAAUCUUUAAUGAAUUGAUGAUUGAAAGAUGACCAAGUGCUUUGAGUGGUUGUGGAUGGAAAGUUUUGUUUUUUUGCCAUUCCAAUAAAACACUUUGUUCAUCGCG